UCGUCAGUCAAUCAGCGUGACGUUUGAACAAAAUUAAAAAUAAUGGUGUCACGGGCUUACGUGCGUAAGCUUGACUAUGAAAUCCCAGAUCGGUAUCGAAACGCCUUCUAUUUGGCAAACGCGGCAUUCUUCGACAGCACUAACUGGUUUCUGCACCGAGCCUACGAAAUUCUUUUUCCCACGUUAAAAGAAGACCUCCAGUGUACGUAUAAGGGUGAAAAGUUUAACGACACGCAAAUUCACGAGAGGUUGGAAAAUGUCGUGGAAAUACUAGAUCAGUGCAAUUCGAUCAUAGACGUAAGAUUUCCGAUUAGGAGAGACACCGGUAGGUAUGAAACGGUUCGAGCAUUUCGGGCGCAUCACGGACGAUUAGCUAGCUCUCUGUCGCUCGGUGGUCUAAGGAUACACGAAGGAAUAACGAGAGAUCAUAUGAAGGCUUUAUGUUUGUUAUCGUCGAUGAAAAAUCACUGCGUCGGCAUCGGUAUGUCCGGAGCUCAUGGGGGCAUUAAACUUUGCCCCGGUCAAUAUUCGGAAAGGGAACUGCAGUCCGUAGUUCGACAAUAUAUUUUCCACAUGAGUCAAAAAGGAUACUGUGGUAAAAACGACGUCAUUCACCCAGAUAUCAACACAUCGUCGCGGCAUAUGGACUGGGUAUCCGAUGCGCAUAAAAUAUACUCUGGGGAAACGUUGGAUGUCGCGUCAGUGGGUAGGCCGGUAGGCUCCGGAGGCGUCGAAAAAUUCGAAACGUUCGCCGCACUGGGCGCUUUCACAGCGCUAGAACUAUUAUUGAACGAAGACACGAUUUUGAGGAAGAUUUUUGUCGACAGGGGUAUCGAGGGAAAGAAGUUUGUGAUUCAAGGACUGGGAAAGGUUGGCAGACCUUUAGCUUUGCUGCUAGUAGAUAAAGGGGCGGUUUGCGUGGGCGUAAAAGAACGGGAAGCCUACAUCUACGACCGCGAGGGGAUAGAUUUGAAGGCAUUGUUGCGCUAUCGAGAGGAACACGAUUCGAUCGAAAAUUAUGGGCUUGCGAAGACAGAUCAUCCGGACUCGAUCUUCACAGAGGACUGCGACAUCCUCGUGCUCGCCGCUUGCCACAAAAGCCUAGUUUGCUAUGUCGCGAGGGACGUCAAGGCCAACAUAAUUCUCGAAGCUGCUGACGGACCCACCACACCCGCAGCUCACAAGAUUUUGGUGGGGAAAUCGAAACUUGUCGUGCCCGAUAUAUAUGCUUGCAGCGGCACCAACAUCGCCUCCUACUUCGAAUACCUGAAACACCUUCAUCGUAUCGGAGCGCUGGAUGAUAAUCUGUUACGGUGCAACAAAGGUAUAUUCAGAGGUCAUUUUCGACGAGAGGCAGAGUGUGGAAAGGCAAUUCUUGAUUCUGGGGUUGGCGUAGGAGACUAUGCAUUUCUGAAAAAGGUGCUGGAAUGUAUAUUUACAGAAAUUUGCCAGGGCAUUUUAACAAAUCUGGAGACAUACAAAUUGGGUUUGGACGUCAGGACUGCCGCUUAUGCUUUGUCGGUAAAAGCGAUGUUUAAAAAUAUCUAUGAUCAGAAAGCGUUUCCAAAAUAAAAACUGCCGAUUCUGCAAAAU